UUGAGCCGUGCACGCGACGGAUGACCAUUACAGAGAGAUAUGAAGGCCGUUUCAGGGACAAUAUUGGGAAAGGAAUUUACGUUCGCACUGAUGAUGACAAUAUGAAGGGGCCCAGCAUUGAAGACAGGGAAUUUAUGGAGUUGAUGAAAACAGAAAUGCAGCGAGAGGAGUCAGGCCAUUUGAUCGCCCCUUUGCCAUUCAAACAUGACAGGAAGAUCCUACCGAAUAACAAGGAGAGGGUAUACCAAAGGCUAAGGUCACUCUCCAAGAGCCUUAGGAAAAAUCAGGAGUUAAAAGAUCAUUACGUCACAUUUAUGAGCACAAUGUUAGAGAAAGGCCACGCAGAACCAGCGCCCCCUCUGAGACCCGGCCAAGAAGCGUGGUACCUGCCGCAUUUUGGGGUUUACCACGCAAAGAAACCCGGAAAGAUAAGAGUCGUUUUUGAUUCCAGUGACACGUUCAAUGGAACCUCCCUCAAUGAUGUUCUCCUUACGGGGCCUGACCUUCUAAACAACCUAUUAGGAGUGCUUCUCAGAUUCAGGUCGGAUUUGGUUGCAUGUAUGGCAGACAUAGAACAGAUGUUUUAUUCAUUUCAUGUUAAAGAAGAACACAGAGACUUCUUGCGGUUCCUUUGGUUUGAGAACAAUGAUCCAGAGGGAAAGGUUGAGGAGUAUAGAAUGAAAGUGCAUAUCUUCGGGAACAGUCCCUCACCUGCUGUGGCGACAUUCGGCCUUAGGAAGACUGCCCAAGAAGGACAACAGAAAUACGGAAAGGAUGCAAGACAGUUCGUAGAGAAUGACUUUUACUGUGAUGACGGUCUGCUAGCUGUGCCAACUGUAGAUAAAGCAAUUGACAUCCUUAAGCAGACGAAGGACAUGCUAGCAGUUUCUAAUCUACGAUUGCACAAAAUUGCUUCCAAUUUCAGGGAAGUUGUGGAAGCAUUUCCCGCAUCUGAACGGGCAGCUGAAAUAUGUGAUCUCAACCUAGAUUUGGAUGAAGCUCCACUCCAGAGGUCCCUUGGUAUCCUUUGGAAUUUACAGAGAGAUACGUUUACUUUUCAGGUUACCUUGGACGAAAAACCUUUCACUAAAAGAGGUGUUUUGUCGGCCAUUAAUAGCAUUUAUGAUCCUUUAGGCUUUGUACAACCGGUAGUGAUAGGAGGAAAAGUUCUUCUCAGGCAAAUGACACAAAACCAGGAGAUUGGUUGGGACGACCGACUGCCGGAUCACCUAGCCCCAGCAUGGCACUUGUGGCGUCAAUCCCUUCUUGCACUCGCUGAAAUAGAAGUUCCACGUGCAUAUACUCCAAUCCCGUCAACAGAAGCUUCCAGAAGAGAACUACAUGUAUUCUCAGAUGCCUCUCAACAAGCUAUUGCAGCCGUAGCAUAUCUGAAGGUGAUCGACAACCAAGGCAACAUUCAUGUGAGCUUCCUCAUGGGCAAAGCCAAGCUUGCUCCAAAGCAUGCCACAAGCAUUCCCCGCUUAGAACUGAACUCUGCUGUGCUCGCCGUUGAAUUGAGAGAUGUUAUUACAAGUGAAAUCCAGCUAGAAAUCCAUGAACAAAGGUUUUACUCAGACAGUCGAGUGGUUUUAGGCUAUCUAACCAAUCGAACCAAACGGUUUUACGUGUAUGUGGCUAACAGAGUAGAGCGCAUCUUAAGAUCCACGUCUUCAGAACAGUGGACUUAUGUGCCGACCAACGUUAAUCCUGCAGACCAUGCCACAAGACCUGUGACAGCAGAAGGCUUACCUGCAACAUCAUGGUUGCAAGGCCCAGGUUUUCUCAAGUCUACGCCAGAGCUUGACCUGACAGUGAACUCGGACAAAAUGUUUCUUGUCUCUGAUGAUGAUGUGGAGGUGAGACCAGACACGAAAGUAUAUGUUACUUCGGUACUCUCUGGCAGGUUACCUAUGCAUCUGCACUUUACCCGUUUCUCCAGUUGGAACACCCUUGUAAGGUCUAUUGCACGCUUGAUCCGCGUAGUCAGAUGUUUGAAGGCUACAAGAUGCCGAACUCGAGGCGUUUGGCAUGUCUGUCCCAUAAAAGUACAAGAUGUGAAAGCAGCGGAGAAGAUGAUACUACAUAACGCUCAGAAAGAGUCAUAUUCCAAAGAAAUAUGUGUCCUAAAGCAAGGUCAUACCCUGCCCAGCGCCAGCUCCAUUGCGUCACUAAACCCUUUCCUGGAUGAUGAUCAACUCUUAAGAGUUGGGGGACGUCUAAAGCAUGCUGAUGUAUCUGACAAGGAGAAGAACCCUUUUGUAGUCCCUGGGGAUUCACACGUUUCUACUCUUCUCAUUCGGCACCACCAUGAAAGAGUUCAGCAUCAAGGCAGGCAUUUCACAGAAGGAGCUGUGAGAAACGCUGGUCUUUGGAUAAUUGGUGCUAAAAGAAAAAUCGGCAGCCUCAUCCAUAAGUGUGUAACAUGCAGGAAGCUGCGAGGAAAAUUUGAACAGCAACAAAUGGCCGACUUGCCGUCGGAAAGGCUUGAGCAGCAGCCCCCUUUCACAAAUGUCGGCGUCGAUGUAUUUGGUCCAUGGGAAGUUGUAACCAGACGGACACGUGGAGGGAGCGCCAACAGCAAAAGAUGGGCAGUACUUUUUACCUGUUUCUCAACCAGAGCCGUCCAUAUAGAGGUAAUAGAAUCCAUGAGUGCCUCUUGCUUUAUAAACGCUCUCAGAAGAUUUUUUGCUAUAAGGGGACCAGCAAAGAUGAUAAGAUCCGACCGUGGGACAAACUUCGUGGGAGCCGCGAAAGAAAUGGAAUAUUAUCUUCGGGUCCAUGGAUGCAGAUGGGAGUUUAAUCCUCCACACGCGUCCCACAUGGGAGGUUCCUGGGAAAGAAUGAUUGGUUUAGCAAGACGAAUCCUCAACUCUAUGUUAUCGCAACCAGGAAAAUCCAACCUAACUCAUGAGAUCCUCACCACCCUCAUGGCUGAGGUUUCUGCUAUUAUAAACGCCAGACCUUUGGUGCCAAUCACAACGGAUCCUGAGGCUCCAAUCAUGCUAACACCAUCUAUGCUUUUGAAUCAGAAGAUAUGCGAAGGAGACGAUAUGGGAGACUUCUCAGAUGUCGUCUUGUACAGGCAGCAAUGGAAGAGGGUCCAAGCGCUUGCAGAUCAAUUCUGGGCAAGGUGGAGAAAAGAAUACCUGGUCACUUUACAGCCCAGAAAAAAGUGGAACCGCCCGUCCCCAAACCUCAAGUUAGGAGACGUAGUACUGAUAAAAGAUAACUCAACCAAAAGAAACCAGUGGCCCAUGGGCAUAGUCAUUAACACCUUCCCCAGUCAGGAUGGGUUAGUAAGGAGAGUAGAGGUCAAGACAGGCCAUGGUUCUCGUAAAUAUCUUAGGCCUGUAACAGAUAUUGUAGUUAUUGUAGAAGCCCAAGUGGAAAUUGAGGAGUGAUAUCUCUUAGAUAUCAGACGGGGAGUGUGUUGAAACCAAUUAUUAUUGUUAUUAUUAUUAUUUACUAUUGUUUAAUAGCAACAGGAUUAUUCCUAGGAGAAUGUUAAGUACUCUAUGUAUAGAUUUGGAGACCCCUCUCUGUGAAUUUGUAGCCCUCUCACUUCGCUAGCCUCCUAGCGCUGUCUCUGUAUUGGGGUUAGAUUAUUGUAUAACGGGUAGUGGCGCGUUCAAUCUGGUGAGGGGUGUCGGCCGGACCCCAUUGGUCAGUAGCCCCCAUGUUACGGGGAUAAGUGGCGUGAUCGAUCUGGUGAGGGGUGUUGGCUGGAUGUUAUUGGCCAGAAACUCUGAUAUUAGUUAGUUACUCUUAGAACGAUCUUCAUUCACUCACACGAUACUCAGAAGAUACACGCCGUUCUAGUUCUUCAGUAGGAAGACGCAACUCCGUCAACCGUAGGAGUUAAAGUAAGCGCUUUUAUUUUAUUAAUAUGUUAGUGAGAUUAUAGUGAGUUUUAAGGUUGUUUUAAUGCUAAGUUAUAUGAUUUAGUUCGUAAACAUACCUUAAAUUGCUGCCGCGACGAUCUUUGAUAGCGUUCAGUGUCAUUUAAUGAUACAGGUUUACUUAGGGUGAUUUCGUGUUUGUUUUCGUUUGCGCAAUGUGUCACUACAAUUUAUCUGGCGUAUUUCAUUGUAUAAACCCUCUGUAAAAGCUAUAUUCGAUCGUAGAACGGCUAUUUAGCUUAGUGCAAACUUACUGUAUCAGCGUUGUUAUUCAAGUGAUAUCGUGUAGAGUUUAGCGUGUCAGCGAAUUUAUUGUUGGUUCCCGUUUUCAGGUCAUUGCGAAUCUGUAGCACGUUCUCAGUACUGCUUCGCACGUUUUAGCCGGUGACACCACUUCUUUUUACCGCUAUUACAUCUCAACAAGACGUGUUGUGUUGUAUGGUAGGCUGUCUGAUGACGAUAGUCAAC